UGGGUGUGGGAAGAAGAGGGUACUUCUAAGGCCAUGUCUCCCCUAGGAGUGCAUUGCCGGUAAUUCAGUAAGAUGGGCUGACCUGUGCUCUGCAGUCUGACUUGCUCAGCCACUGAAGGAAGGAGCUGAACGAGACGGUUCCUCAAUGGAAAAGGUGUUAAAAACUGCCUGCGGCGCUAUGGAAGCAUGGAGACAAAAUAGUCAUCUAUGGAGACCUGCAAGGAACCCUUGGGCAAAGUGACGGAAAUGAAGAGCUUGAACUGUCACUUCAGCAUGGCGGCAGCUGAAUCUGACAAGGACUCCGGAUAUUCAGAUGGAAGUUCAGAGGGCCUGAGUGCUAUGGAGCAGACUGACUCGGAGGACGUGCUGAAUGCAUUGUGUUGGAACGCAGAGGAUGGGCCUUGGCAAUGCCCAAUGACAACAAGCAACUCCUUUCCUGCACUUUCUCCUAUGGUCGUAAUGAAAAAUGUGUUAGUUAAGCAGGGGAGUUCAUCACAGCUCCAAUCUUGGACUGUGCAGCCAUCCUUUGAAGUGAUUCCAGCGCAGCCACAGCUAGUGUUUCUUCGUCCAUCAAUCCCACCUCCCAUUAACCCUCACCCUGUUGGGAAAAAGAGAAAUGACUCCACUAAUUACCUGCCCAUCCUGAAUUCUUAUCCCAAAAUAGCACCACAGCCCUGCAAGAGAGAUCACUCCUUUGAUCUAGAAGAACGUCAGGAAACCAAUUGCCAUAAACGACUCUGCACAGAAGCACCCAAAAUGGAGACUUCUCCUGUAUCGAGGAGCACAGGCUUGCCUACUAGUCCUUUUGCCCACCUACCAGUUAGUUUUAAGACCACUCAGGAUUCUAACCAGCAAAGUUCUUCAACUCUGACAAGUGGAAAACUGCCAGCUCUUCCUGGUUUUCAUCGUGUUUCCAGUGACACUCAGAAAGUGCCGGGUUUGACUCCCCUUUUGCCUUUUGGAACUCUGCAGGCAGCAAAGCGCACCUCUCAUGAGAGUGAGAGUGCAGCACAGACUACGAUGCAGUCUGCAGUGUGGAGCCCCGCAUUGAUACCAGAAGAGAUUUGCACUACCCCUGAGCUGCUCUUGCAACAACAAAGCAAGUGCAGACGCUUUCAGAAUACACUCGUCGUGCUACGCAGGUCGGGAUUGCUGGAGAUCACUUUAAAAACUAAGGAGCUCAUUCAUCAGAACCAGGUGACUCAGGCCGAGCUGGACCGGCUGAAGCACCAAACACAGCUUUUCAUAGAGGCAAUAAAGAACAAUGCUCCACAGUCGUGGGCAGAGCUAGAAGCAUCUCUAACAGGAUCUGAUAAAGCUAAUGGCAACCUUGAAGACUCCACUUAUCCCAACAUGUAGUAAAAAGGUACAUAGCUGUUGGUCAAGUUAUUUUUGUGCCUCCUAUUUCCUGUCUCAAGCUUUUACUUGAGCAUUUUCUGAGUCCAAGACUUGUGAAGUGGCAUGCCGUUAACAACUUGUCUUCAGAGCCAGUUGUGGGACUGGAAUAGCAUGGUGGGGUCUUGACAGAAUGGGUACUUACUACUUCAGUGUGACCUUGAAUUCUGUGCUAACUCUGUGUGCUUCCUUGGACUUGAGAAGCUUGGCUGGCAUGUUCCCAUUCUUGCAGUGAAAAGACAGUAAUUUGCAGUAUUCUGCAAGCAAGCAUCUUCCUAUUCCCAUCUUCAGAUAGUCAGUUCUGAGAAUGGGACAGCAGAACAGGCCCCAGCAUUGGGCCAUCAUCAGUUGCAAGUAGAUGAAGGGACUUGGUGUGAGGAGAGAAAACUUAUGUUGGUGGGGUGGUAUCUUUAGGCUGUCACUGUCCUUUGUUGUAGGGAGCCUUGCUUUGGGGUUGUAACGCGUUUGAAUUAGUGGAGGUCUGCUUGUGCUGAAGCAGCAUUCUAUACUCGUUGCAGUCUUUAGUCAAAGUGAUGAGUGUCUUACGACCCAAGUGAAGUGACGUGUUUUGAUGAGUAUACUUUUGAUUUUGAUUGGUACAGUUGAGUGAGUGAAAAUCACAAGGCUUGCACUGGAAGUGUUUGUUCCAAAGCCAUAGUUACUAAUGGCUAACAAGUGCACAAGGCAAGGGGCUUUGGAUUUUCUUGGUAGCUAACAGAUUAAACAUUGUUAUUAAAGACUGCAGUGACUUUUUUAAAACAGUACAAGGAAGAUAUUCAUUCACCAGGAUUAAUUUGGCAAGACUAGUUGCAUAUUAUUUGGUAUGUGUAUCUUUAGUUUACAAGCCUAAACUUUUUUCUGUGAAAUCAGAUUGCUAACUAUAAAAAAAAAAAGAGGUGAAAGGAAACAGAGCAUAAUGGCCUGUGGUGAAACAAGUCCUUCUCCCAUCCCCCUUCCCUCUCUUUUUUUAUUUAGAGAAAUCAGA